CAGAUCAUGUUCUUACACACACAUGACAUAUACCCGAAUAUAGCUUCUGUGUAUUCAGUAUAGUUGACGGCAAGAACUAAAUAUUUUAGAAGAUUUAAAUUGACCAUAUUGGAGAUCAUAGGUUUUCCAUAACUUAUUUCACCAGUGCGGGUUAAAAAUGAAUAAACCAAACCAGCGAGAAAUCUGGUUUAUUUGUUCAGGCAUGGGGAGCCAAUGGAAAGGCAUGGGAAUAUCGCUUCUAAAAAUCCCAGUGUUUUCCCAAUCCAUCGAUGAGUGCACUGAAGCGUUAAAGGGUUACAACUUCAACGUGAAAGAUUUUCUGAUGAACACCGACUCGCCAGGUUAUGAAUACAUUCAUACCACAAUGGCAGCAAUAACAGCUAUACAGAUUGGAUUAAUUGACGUACUCCGUUUUGUCGGCGUGAGACCUUCAGGCAUUAUUGGUCAUUCUGCUGGUGAGAUUGUAUGCGGUUACGCUGACGAGUGUUUGACAUUAGAGGAGACCAUACGAGUGGCGUACCUCAUGGGGAAAUGUAUCAGUGAAAGCAAUCUUCCAACUGGGGCAAUGGCAUUAGUUGCUUUGUCACUGGAUAAGUAUUUGGAAAUGUACAAUGACAAUGAACUCGACUUGGCUUGUGAAAAUGGGGACGACUCCAUUAUAAUUGCGGGUCCAGUAGCCAACGUUCUACUCAUGGUGGAGUCACUAAAAAACAAAGGCUUUUUCACGCUAGUCUUGGAUACAAAGAAAAUUGCUUACCAUUCUCGGUUAAUGCAACUCGUUCACUCGACCCUCCUACAAGAAGUUUCAAAGGUCAUACCAAAUCCCAAACCGCUAUCGAAGAAAUGGAUUUCGACGUCAGUAGACUUAAAAGACUGUAAUCAGUCAGCAUGUGCCAACGAUAAAGAAGUUCAGACGCUUUGUUCUGGCGAGUAUUAUGCUAAUAACUUUCUCAGUGUGGUCCGGCUUCAGAAUGCACUCAAGCGAAUUCCCGAAAAAGCCAUUACGAUAGAAAUAGCACCUCGUGGCAUGCUACAGCAUAUAUCACAGCUUUUUCAAGUAGAAGUCUACCUAGUCCUUCUCUUCGAAAUCUGCUGCUUACCGACAUUCGCCUUAGGACCAAUUCCUUUGUUUUACAAGAUGUAGGGGCUAUUAAUGCGACUGAGCCGGCCACUGUACCGCGACGUUUAAUGAAAAGUAACGUAUUUCCUGGCUGCGUGUAAAACCUAUGGAACGUUACCUCGUCUUGUAAAUCCUCCGAAAUACUUCGCUGAAUGUAAAUUUUGGCUGCACAUAAAGAUAAGCAAUAGCUGCAAAAGAGAAGCACAAUAUAGUUCAACAGCGUUGAAUACGAUAGUAUCUGAUUGACCACCAAUGCCCCAGUAAUGACCAAUAGUUGGACUAACGGCCUUUGAAUAUUUUUCAAAGCAAGAUCAUUCGCCACCGAUGUGAAUCCGUCUAAUAUAAGUUCUUUGAAAGCAGUAAAAACAUGAACAUCGCCAGAAUAUACCUUCAACUUUACAUCUUUGCUCUGUGCCAUAGUAGUAGAGUAUUUACACGGUUCAAACUUA